AUGGCAUCUACGUUUGUAGUUAUAAUCCGACAAAUAUCGACGUCGUCGAAAUGUCAUGGUAAACGAAAUUUUCGGAUGAUUCAGCUGUACAAUAAACGGGGUAACCGUGCAUAUAAAGAAGCACGAGCCAAGGAUCCACAUUAUGAUAUUCCUAUUGACAGAAGGGGUGUAAAGCCAACAGGCAAAUGGAUGGGCGAUCAAUGGAUGAACAUACCAGAAAUGAUACCAGAACUUAUUGUUCCUUCUCUGAAAGACUUUCAUUUAAAGCCAUAUGUUUCUUAUAGAGUUCAGGACGUCAACAAGCGUGAAUUUACCGCUAAAGACUUGUUUGAUUUGGUCUAUGCUGACAAAAUUAAGAAAGAUUUUCAAGAGAAUCAGUUAGGUCCAGAUGGUGAACCAUUAAAUCCCAAUGAACAUGAAAAACUGACACCCACAGAAGCUAGAAACCAGGCUGAGAAAACUGGUACAGAUAUUUUCGAAAUGGAAAUAAAACCAAAAACUUGA